AUGUCUUCGUGGAAAAAGGCAGCGAAAGCUAUGCAAAAGACUCAUCGUGAAAGACAUCAACCAGAGAAUCGUAAGCAUUUAGGUCUUUUGGAGAAAAAGAAAGAUUAUGUUGCUAGAGCUAAAGAUUAUCAAGAAAAACAACAAACUUUGAAACUUUUGCGUAAACGUGCUCUUAAUAAAAAUCCAGAUGAAUUUUACUUUCACAUGAUCAAUUCUAAAAUACAUGGUGGGAUUCAUAAAGAGAAACGAAAACUUAAAGAGUAUACACCAGAACAGAUACAUUUGAUGGAAACACAAGAUAUUAGAUAUAUUGCUUAUAAAAGAAAUCUAGAAGCAAAGAAAAUAGAUAGACUACAAAGUGAAUUGCACAUGAUAGAUGCUGCAAAUGAGACAAAGAACAAACAUAUCUUUUUUGUGGAUGGUUCAGAGGAAAUCAAAAACUUUGAUAUUGCUAAAAAACUGGAUACACAUCCAGCAUUAUUAUCUAGACGCACAAACAGACCAAAAUUAAGUAGAUUAAAAGAUAUGAAAUUACCAGAAAUAGAUGAGAAUAGUUUGAAAAGGAUUGAACGUAGUAAACACAAAGCUUAUCAGGAAUUACAAAAAAGGAUAAAUAGAGAAAGACAAUUAACUAUUAUACAACAAAAAUUGGAAAUAGAAAGAGCACUGAAAGAUAAAAAAGUUACCAAACCAAAAUUAGUAAAAAAAGGAUCAAAAGAUUCUGCUCCUAUUUACAAAUGGACAUAUGAGAGAAAACGAUAA